GUCUGUUUAAGAUGCGGCUGCCACUCGUAGGAAUUACACACGCAAGCCCGCGCACGCGCACGCGCAGAACAUCGUUUAGCAAUGAGUGCUGCGAAAGCGGUGGUUGUCAUCUCCGGGAACAACAGCAUUAGAGGCUCUGUCCAGUUCAUCCAGGAACCCAACGGCGCAACCCAUGUGAAAGGGAGGAUUACAGGGCUCUCACCAGGCUUCCACGGCUUCCAUAUCCACGCCUUUGGCGAUACCACCAAUGGUUGCAACUCCACUGGCCCUCAUUUCAACCCCCUGAAGAAGGAUCAUGGAGCUCCUACUGAUAAAGAGCGCCACGCUGGUGAUUUGGGUAACAUUUUUGCAGGCCCAGAUGGAGUUGCUGAGGUUUCCAUUACAGACAAGCAGAUUCUGCUCACUGGACCUCAUUCUAUACUUGGGAGGGCAGUUGUUGUGCAUGCUGAUCCUGAUGAUCUUGGUAGAGGUGGACAUGAACUCAGCAAGACUACUGGAAAUGCUGGUGCAAGAGUUGGAUGUGGUAUCAUUGGGCUUCACUCGUCUGUUUAGGCUCGAUUGCUCGUGGAUAAUUGAUAGGUUCAUAAAAGAUACAUACAUGCAAUGCGUAACCAUGUUGACAAAUACCAUAACAGCGCUUGUUAUGUACAUGAUAAUGAAGCAGAAAUAAAUUUCAAACUUUUUUCUCCUGUCUGUGCAAAUUUGGGAUUGGCAGGCAUGGUCAUCUAGAUUUAUAGUUUGUACUCUGGAAACACCAAACUUUUAUCAUUUCAACAUUUGAUCUGGCUCUGAUACCUUGAUAGUGUUAAUUGUAUGACCACCAAUGCUUGAUCUCAA